AUGACCGCCACUUGGAGCCCUCAGCUUGUUGAAGAACUGCUUUUCCGGCAGUACAUCAAGGGCGAGGAUGUGUCCAUGCUACUUCCUCCUCCUCCGGCCUUGGCGGUCGAUCAAUACAUGGAGAAGUAUGAACAAAGCACCAAGAUGAUGUCUUCUUAUGUUCGCAACGGACUGACAGCGACCCUGACGUCGCAAAAUGUCAAUACGGCGUCGAGGAUUUAUGGCGCCACACCAGUGAAGGGGCACGCGUCGUUCUCUCGGGCGGCUAAUGCACCUUUAACUGCUGCGGAUUCUUCCGUAGAUCCCAGAGCGCAGUUGAAGUGCACUCCCAGUGCAAAGGAACUCCCUCCCUCUGUGCUGGACUCACCCGUUCCAGCUGCAGCCAACGCUGCGGCAAGACAAGCAAAUGCUUCCCCGUCUGCUUAUGUGAGGAGAAAUCGAGUGGAAUGGCCCUCAUCAGUGCCCAGCAACGCAUCCCUCAAGAGCUCAAGCCGCUCAAAAGUGGCGCAUUUGACGGCAAAGCGUGUGGCCGCUCAAGAAACUGUUGAUCCUGAUCUUGUCUUUGCCCAGAACCCUGGGGAGCUUCCCCUGCAUGCGAUAUUUGCAAGCUUUCCCAAAGCUCUAGACUCUCUUGCAGCCAUUCGUGGCGCCAGUGGGGACUGGCGGAACGACACUUUUACCACAGAAGAGGAAAGUCAAUACAAACGGGACUUGGGCUUUGUGCAUUUGGGACCCAGCCAGUGCCUCCUCAGUAGAUCUAAUCUUUUACACAAGUAA